AUAUGACGAUCUGUAAGAUAAAAGUAAUCGGGGUUUUUAUAAAAAUCGAUUCCGGCAUCGGUACAAUGACUUCAUAUUCCUAAUCUAUAUCGAUGACAUCUAAUAGUGAACGAUGUCAAAUAUGUUUUGUUUAAUUCAUUAAACAAGCAUAAUUUUUGUUGUGUGUUAUAAUGUGUUUUUGAAAGUGUUUAAAAAUGGCUUUAUUUACCUUUCUAAUUAUCGCUUUAUUGGCAGGAGCUGUUGACCCUGGGCGUGUCCGUCGUAUAGUGGGAGGUAGUGACACCACCAUAGACAGGUUUCCUUCCCUCGUGCAAGUCGAGAGUAGAAACCUAUGGAGCGGCUUUUGGUGGCAAUCCUGCGGUGGUACCAUUCUCACUCCUAGACAUGUGCUGUCUGCUGCUCAGUGCUUUUUUGGUCCAUGGUACUCCCCAAAAAACCGUCGCAUCAGAGCAGGAUCCUCAUAUCGCAAUGCUUCUGGUGUUAUCUACUUCAUAGAAAAAGAGAUCAACCACCCUAACUAUGCCUACUUUAAUACUUCGUCCGAUAUAUCCGUGCUUCGAAUCCAGACCCGGAUAGAAUUCACUCCGGUUAUCCAACCCGGUACAGUCGUUGCUGCUGAUUUUGUCUUCCCUGACAAUAUACCGGUGACGGUUGUCGGAUGGGGUCAUACUGCUUACUACGGCGCGUAUUCAGAUGUUCUUCAAGAGACUACGGUGAUCACAGUGAACCGAGAACUAUGUGCUAAACGCUACAGAUCUCUGAGCACGCAUCGUAACAUUACAAACACUAUGCUCUGUGCUGGGGUCUUAGGUGUCACCGGCAGAGACACCUGUACUGGAGACUUUGGGGGUCCACUUUACUACGGGCACAUUGUUAUUGGUAUUGCCACUUGGGGUCAUCAAUGUGGUCAUGCCGAUUUUCCUGGGGUAUACACGUCUGUAGCUUCCUAUACUAGAUGGAUUGCUGAUGUAGUUGUAUAAAUUAUUUUAGCUUUUUGUAAUAAAUAAAUCUUUUUAUUUCAAUGCA